AUGCCCGAUCUUCUCUUUACGGACUCGGGACAUCUCAAGUCGAUAGAGGGCAUAAGCACGCUUCCUGCCCAUCGGUGGACAUCGCGAUGUUCAAUAUGCCGCGAGAAGGAGGGAGCUGUGGUCAAGUGUUGGCACUGUAGCAAGGAAUUCCACGUUUCUUGUGCUUGGAAUGCCAGCUACAAAUUUGGAUUCGAAAUUCAACCGGUCAAGAGCAGUCGGAGGGAUACUACGACCACUGCGACGUUCCAGGGCGAAUCUGGUCUUAUGACGGCCGUUGUCAUUUGCAAGGACCACGAUUCUACUAAACGUCGGAUCUACGAUAUUUGUGAGACAGACGAAGGUGGAGAGACUGCGCUACAAGUUUACUGUCGGGCGUACAAACAAGCUCCCGUAGCACAGACACACGGGCUCCUUCGGAAAGCUCGUAGACUGGACCAAAUACUCAACAUUCAGCUCGAAACACCGUUACCAGAUCCAACACUGGACAACCUUCAAUGUUCUCAAUGUCAGACUCUGUAUUCCCCCGCUUUCUACCCUAGUGAUACCGGCACAUGGCUUUGCCAUAGUUGCAACUUCAAAGCCCAUCCCCCACCCGUCCAACCGUCUUCGACUACAAACCCCACACCUACUACCAUCUCUUCGCCACCUUUGACCCCUGAACCCAUGGAGGGUAUUCUUACCACCCCCAAUGGCACUGGCACAGGCACGGAACAGGCAUAUGCACCUGUCGUUGCGAGUACAUAA